AUGAUAUGCCUGCGGAACAAGUCAGUUUUUGCAGUUGAAUGUACAUCUAGUCAUCAAUGCCUUAUUCUAGUUGGUUGGAGUUGGACUAUGCUGAUCACUGAUCAGAGUACAUUUACAUUAAAUCCGUUUCUAGAUGGAAUUGUUGCUGAUAGAUAUGGGAAAUUGCAGAGGAGAAUGCAGAACUACAUCGAAAUUCUAUAUAUGCUAAAGAUUAGAAAUUCGAUUCUUGACAGCAAUGGGGCUAAAACCCCAUUGCAACAGCACCAAAAGAUCUCAACUGGGCUAGUGCCAUGGGGCAAAAGCAGAAGGAGAAGAGGAAUUUGA